AGCCUUUGAAACAUAUUACAUAAUUGGAUCACAUGACGGGGCUCCUGCGAAUAUUAAAACCCCUGGGAAAAACCUUGACAUAUACCUAAUAUACCUAGCUUGACAAGCAGUACGACCUCCGCUUCUGGAAGCCGGCCUCAAUUUUUUCUUAUCCGUUCCAAGCGGAGGGGCGAAGAAGAAGAAAAAACAAUGGCUUUUCCAGCUCCUACGCUACCUGGUCAGCUGAAAUCCUCUGUUGUGGCAGCGCCAGGGCUCUUACCUCGCUUUGAUCGCAAAUACACCUUAAAAAACAACAGGAGGCGGAGGGCAAGAGUUGUGUUAGGAGCAGCAAAUUCAGAAGAGGCGUCGUGUGAAGCAAUAUUCGGAGGACAGAAAGAGCUUUCGGGGCCGGAGAAGGUUCUACAAGGCCUCUCUGCGCCUGCUAGAUAUGGAGCCUGUGCUGCAAUUGUAGCAGGGGCUUUGGCAGGGGGAUAUGCUGUUGGCUCCACUAGAAACGCUGCAGUGGGAGGGGCUGUAGCUCUUGGACUAGCAGGCGGAGCUGCCGCCUAUGCGCUAAACUCCUCUGCCCCCCGGAUUGCUGCUGUAACUGUGCAUAACGCGGUCGCUAGUUGCGCUCAUCCUACUGACCUCACCAGCGAAGCCAUAAAUUCCAUACUUCACAAAUAUGGGGUCAGCAAACAAGAUGAGGCUUUUAAUGCUGAGCUUCGAGACCUUUAUGAUAGGUAUGUUUCCUCUGUCAUUCCUCCUGGCAAUGAGGACCUUAAAGGCAAUGAGGCAGAUGUAAUAACUCAAUUCAAAAAUGCUCUGGGUAUUGAUGACCCUGAUGCAGCAGCUGUGCAUAUAGAAAUAGGAAGGCGCAUGUUUAGGCAGAGACUUGAAACAGGAGAUCGUGAUGCUGUAACAGAGGAACGCAGGGCAUUUCAAAAGCUGGUUUACAUUUCAAAUAUUAUAUUUGGAGAUGCAUCAAAAUUCCUUUUACCCUGGAAACGGGUUUUCAACAUUACUGAUGCUCAAAUUGAGGUUGCAAUACGAGACAAUGCACAAACACUUUUCAAAUCCACAUUGAGCUUUCUUGGGAGAGAUCUCGAUGAAAGACAACUCAGGAAUUUGAGGGAGGAACAAGUUAAACUCAAGCUUCCUGAUGAGGAUGCUGCUGAUCUAGUAAGAGAUUAUGCUCGGAGGCAGAUAGAGGAGAUGAUUUCAUCGGCUCUUGAAAUUCUGAAGUCUAAGGGGAGAGCAAAGGGAUCAUCAACGGGUGUUGUUGAGGAGCUUGAUAAAAUUUUGGCAUACAAUCAUGCUCUCAUAGCAUUGACUCAACGUGCAGACAAGGAACACUUUCCUCCUGGGAUUGGACCUGUUUCUGUGAUAGGUGGUGAGUAUGAUCGUGAUCGCAAGAUGGAUGAGCUGAUGCUACUGUAUAGAGCUUACCUAACUGAAGCAUUAUCUACCGGUCGUAUUGAGGAUGAAAAGUUUGAAGCACUGAACCACUUAAAGAAUAUAUUUGGUCUAGGCAACCGUGAAACAGAGCAGAUUGUACUGGAAAUUACAACAAAGGCAUACCGGAGAAGGCUUUCUCAGGUUGUCAGUGGAGGUGAUUUGGAGGCUGCACCUAGCAAAGCAGCUUUUCUUCAACGCCUCUGUGAUGAGCUGCAUUUUAAUCCACAGAAAGCCAGUGAAGUGCAUGCAGAUAUAUAUAGGCAAAAACUUCAACAGUGUGUUGCAGAUGGUGAUUUAAGUGAGGAAGAUGUGGCUGCAUUACUACGCUUGAGAGUACUGCUCUGCAUCCCACAGAAAACAGUUGAUGCUGCUCAUGAAGAUAUCUGUGGUCGUUUGUUUCAGAAGGUAGUAGAUCAGGCCCUUUCCGCUGGUAUAAAUGGUUAUGAUGAACAAAUGAGAGCUUCAGUACAAAAGGCCGUCCGAGGAUUGCGUCUUGCUGAGGAGACAGCUGUUGCCAUUACAAGCAAGACAGUACGGGCUAUGUUUAGAAUUUAUGUGAAGAGAUCAAAGGCGGUGGAAAAUCAAGCUGAAGCUGCAAGGGAGCUGAAGAAGAUGAUCCAUUUCAAUGAUAAAGUAGUUACAGAAUUGCUUGCAGAUAUAAAAGGGUACUCCUCUGUUGUUUCUCCUGAAUUGCCAAAGGAAGAGCCUAAAAAGGAAAAGGAUGAUGAAUUUAGUGAAAAGCUCAAAAUGCCUCGCCAGGUAAAAGACUACAAGCCGAGGGAACAGAUACAGACUGAGAUCACUUUAAAGGAUGAUCUUUCUCUCAGGGACAGAACUGACCUAUAUCGGACCUACUUCCAAUAUUGCAUUACUGGUGAACCUGUUGGUAGGCAAUUUGGAAUGCAGGUAAGAAAAAGGGUGGAUAAGACAGAGUUUUUAAGACUGAAACAGCUGAGAGAAAUUUUGGGUUUGACUCAAGAAGAGUCUAGUGUUGUACACAUAAGCUAUUCUGAACAGGCUUUCAGAAAGAAAGCUGAAGUCAUUUUGGCAGAUGGGCAGCUUUCAAAGGAAAGGAUGGAAAUUCUAAAUGAACUUCAGAAACAGCUUGAACUUCCUGAUGAGUCAGCACAGAAGAUUAUCAAAAGUAUAACAAAAACAAAGAUAAGUGGUGCCAUAGAAGCAGCUUUGAGCCAGGGGAAGAUUACAAUUGAACAAAUUAGGAAAUUGAGAGAAGCAAAUGUGGAUAUGGAUGAAGUGAUUUCAGAAGGGGUUAGGGAAAAUGUUUUCAAGAAAAUCAUUGAUGGAAUAUUUUCUUCGGGGACUGGAGAUUUCAAUGAAAAAGAUGUUUAUGAGAGAAUUCCAGAAGACCUUGGAAUGGAUGCUAGUAAAUGUAAGAAAUUGGUUCAAGAUAGUGCUAAAGAAAGAUUAUCAAACACUUUAGUGCAAGCUGCAGCAUUUCUACGGCAAAAAAAUUCAUCUGGAGUGGUUUCAUCUCUCAACAACUUGCUGGCAUGUGACAAGGCUUUGCCUGCUGAACCUUUAUCGUGGUCUAUAGAAGAAGAAGUUGCUGAUUUUUUCUGUAUCUACCUUAAGGGAAAUCCUCCUAAAGAGAACAUUGAUCGCUUGCAGUAUCUUCUUGGCAUUGAUGAAUCCACUGCUUUAUCAUUGAAAGAUUCAGGUGCAUUCAGCUUAGGAGCAGAGGAGGAAGAAUUUGUAUUUUAACUUGAAUGCAGCUUUUAAUUUUCAUGAUGCUUCUUUUAGUUGAGAGGUGCAAUUGGCUUCACAUUUUAGGUAUCACAACCAUUAUAAUCAUUUAGGGUAGUAGACAACUCUUUUGGAUACUAUUAUCUUUUGUUUCUAUUACUUUGAUAAUAGGAACAAAGUAUAAUUAGGCCUCUAAUUGUGAAUAAUAGAUUGCUGUUCUAGCAUCCUUGUAUUUUUUCCUUGUAUGUUUUAUAAUAUGGGGGCUGAAUAUGCAGAAUAUCAAGGAAUUCAUAAUUGCAGUUUGAGGCUCCUGUAGCAACAAUUUUGGUCACACUUUUCUGUUUUAUUGUACACAGUUAUGCCAUUGUUGUGAAAUAAUUUAUCACUUUCUUUGUGACAA